AUGAAGAUUAAAUUGUUGAAUGAUUUAGACAUUAAGAAUGGCAAAAAAGCGUUAGAAGUUUUGAAAAAUAAUACACGCAUAUUUCAAAACUGGAAUGUCUAAGAGUUGAGUGAUUUAUCAGAAUAUAUGCGCUUUAUUAGUUUUACAAAGAGUACUCCUCUUGCAAAAAAGAACGAAUCAGUAGACUAUUUCGGUAUAAUAAUUUCUGGUAGAGCAUUAAUUUCUUCAGAGGGAAAAGUGUUUGGUUAUUUAGAAACUGGAGAUAUGAUAGGAUAUUUAAAUUUUGCAAAAAUAUAGAAUACAUAAACACAUUUUUUUGAUAUUAAUGGUGAAAAAGAGGGAUUUAUAGCUGCAAUAAGAAUAGAGGAUUAUAAAACUAUGAGUAAAAAAUCACCUAAAAUAGCAUUUAAACUAUCUUAAGUAAUUACUAAAAAGGCUUUUGAUACUGUCCACUUUUAAUACAGAAAUGAACAUUUACUGAACGAUAUUUAGCCUACUCCUUCUAUCUUACCACCAAAAAGAAUAGUUGAUAUGUUUGAAAAAAGUCCUGCCUUUUAAGGCCUUAUCAAGAGAAUGGAAAAGAGAGAUCGCUCAAACUUUCUAAAAUUUGCUCAACUUUACGAAUUUAAUCCAAAGGAUCUGAUUUGCAGAAGAAGAAGUAGAUGCCACUAAAUGAUAUUCCUUUUAAAGGGAGAGUUAUUAGAGUUUAAUCAUGAAGACGAUAGUGUCACUUCUUACAGACCUGGAGAUAUUAUAGGACUUAAAGAAUUUUAUUUAGAUCUUUCCUGGACAUCAAAUAUUAUAGCUAAAUCUGAAGGUUGUUACUUAGUGCUUAGAAGUGAGCAUUUAGAAGAUAUAGCUCUUGAAAAUGGUGGAAGUGCUAUUAAUCUUUACAAUCUUUUCGCCUCAUACGAAUGUGAUAAAAUCAAAGCAGAAUAUGAAAAAGAUUUUAAAGACCAAUUUUCAAGUGAUUUUAGAUUUAAGUUUAUGCCCUCUGAAACAUAAAAAAAUAUAGUCAACUAAGAAAAAAGCUUAGAGCUAGAAAAGGAAAAACAAUUAAAGGAAUCUGAUCAAAUAACUUUUAAAAAGAAACCUAAAGAUGAAAAAAAAGUAACUUUUACAGGGAAUGAAAAAGCAGAAGAUUUUAUGAUUUCUAAUUUCUUAGAAAUAGAUGUUGAAAAAAAGAUAGAUUAAAUAAGUAUGACCUCUGAUAAAAAUAAAGAAAAUUUAGAAUCAUAUAGAGUCAGUUACGAUAUAGCUCCCUUAUAUUUACAUGAAAUACAUGUUCAUUAUAUAGAAUAACCUUAAAAUGCUUAAGCAAAGCAAUAAGGUGGUUAAUAAGGAGGAAUAGUGCUUCCUCAUGAAGGAAUCUCCAUUCUUUUCAGAGAAAAAUUGGAAAAGUAGUCUUUAGCUUUGUAAAGACUAAAGCAAGAGCAAAGAUAGUAAAGAAAGAUGGGAGACUAAGGAGUAACUGAAAACAAAAAACUUACUACCAAUGAACUCAUAGCCUAGCACAAUGAAGAAUACGAAGAGCUUAAGAAUGAAAUGGCAAUAAUAGAUUAAACUAAACAAGAGCUCGAAAGAAUGCUGGGAGAAGUAAAAGAUGAAAAUAAAAAAUUAAGAUUAGAAAUUAAUAAAUUAAAUGAGGUUAACAUUUUGUUAAAUGCCAAGGUAAAUAAGAAUUUGGUUCAAAGAGAGCUUGUAAAUAAAGAUAUAUUGAAUCAAGGUGCCUACGCUACUCUUGGAAAAUAAGGAAGGUCAAUUAAGGAUUCUUUCCAUACUGUGUUAGAUCAGUAGUUGCGUCUAAAUAGAGGGUAACAAUUGGCGGCUAAAUGUGCUUAUAAAUGGCUAAACCAAACCAAAAAAAAUAUACUAAAAAAGAAAACGAUUGUUUUUUGA